ACUUUUGUGCGCGAGUCGCUGGGGAUGGUGGCGCGAGUGCGCUCGACACGGACCGCGAAUGCUGGGGCGGGGGGGCCUGAGAGCUUUAAGUACUCCCCGCCCUGUGUGUCCUUGCUCUUUUGCAAGCUGCAGGGCUGCUGCUACGUUCAUUCUUGUGGAGGGUCCAGACGCCGGAGAGUGAUCCACCAUGGGCUCCCUGACGCAGAAAUUGAUGGAGGUGUUGAAGGCCAUGAAGCACGUCCAAGGGUUUGAUAGAAUUUUGGAAAAGAUGACUCUCGUCUCUGCUGAUCCUGGGAAAGUGAUUUGUGAAUUGAAAGUAGAAGAGGAGCAUACCAAUAAAUUAGGCACGCUCCAUGGAGGCCUGACAGCCACCUUGGUGGAUGACGUAUCAACAAUGGCUCUGCUAUGCACAGAAAGGGGAGCACCUGGAAUCAGUGUGGAUAUGAACAUAACGUACAUGGCACCUGCUAAAAUAGGAGAAGUUGUUGUGAUCACAGCACAUGUUCUGAAGCAAGGAAGAACCCUUGCAUUUGCCUCUGUGGAUCUGACCAACAAGACCACAGGAAAAUUAGUAGCACAAGGCAGACACACAAAACACCUUGGAAACUGAGAGAACAGCAGCAUGACCAAAAGAAACCCAACAAUGAGUAGCAGGUGUAAAUUUGAUGUGAACAAAUGUAGUUUUCAAAAUAAAUUAGCACAACCAGAA